GUCAUCAUGAUGGGGAAACUGGCAGUCGAAGACUGCAUGUGCCCAAUAUGUAUGAGUAUUCUGAUCGAACCGGUGACUAUGCCUUGUACUCACACUCUCUGCAAGCCUUGUUUCAAGCAAAAUGUGGAGGAGGCCAGUCUGAGCUGUCCACUUUGCCGGACUAGGAUUUCAGUCUGGGUCAGACGAGCGACAAAAACUGGAAGCCUGGUGAACGUAAAGUUGUGGAAUGAUAUAAAAUCGACAUAUGGAGAUAAAGUUGAAAGGCGAUUAGCAGGGGAUGACGAUGAUGACAAUUCAGUCUAUCUUCCUAUCAUCCAUCUAUCCAAUCCUGGAGAAAUAAGAAAAGAGUAUGAGGCUGAAAUGCAGAGGCUUGCUAAACAGAGGGAGUUAGAAAGACAAAAGGAGAUCGAAGCCAGUGAAGCACUUAUCAAAAAACUACAGGAAGAAGAGCAAAAUGUACGGGAAACGAGGCAGAAAGAAAUGCAAAAAAUGGAAGAAGAAGAUGAAAAGUUGGCAAAAGAAUUGACUGAUGUCAUGGAGGAGGCUGGCACAGAUGCCCCAAUCAACUUUCUAAUGGCUGAAUCUCGAUCAAGAUUGACAAGGUCUUCCUCUGCUGUUACCUGCAGUAGUGGCAACAGUGGUCGGUCCAGCAGUUUAAGGCCAGCAUCCACUAUUGAAUCAUUCAUCAGUAAGAUGAGAGAGGCAGAGAAGUUGAAAGAAGCCGAUCGCAUCUCUAGUUCAUCAUCACUACAAUACCUACAAAGUACACCUGAUGGAGAUUUUUUAGAGAAAUCUGAGAAAUUUUUGAAGGUAGACAAACGCACAGACACUGACAGUAAGUCAAGUGAUAGUUCACUACCAUAUAUGUGCAAUGACAGAGAAAAAAGUGACAGUAGCACAGAUAUGUCUGUUAAAAGUAAAUCAAGAGCAAGCUCCUGGAAUUAUGGCCUUGUUGAUUUACAUACAGAAAAUGGCGGAUUAUUCUCCAAUGAAUUGUCCCGAGACUUAUCUAAAGAUUCAUCUUGUGCAACAGAUGGUCUUAUUUGUCUUGGUGCAGAAAGCAAAUGUGCCAGUAGGUCUGUUGUUAUAUCUCCUGACAUUGAAGUUAUCACAGACAGACUUCAGCAGGAGUUGCUGGAAAAUUCAUCUUCAUCAACAUCAAAAAAGGAUAGAACAUCAUCGAAAGUAUCAAGGGCAUCGAGUAUACAGAGUGAAGACAGCAUUACACAAGAAUUGAAUCAUUUUAAACCUAUUAAUGUGUGUCCUGUGACCCCACCAAGGAAACUGGCUAGUGGUAAAGUCAUUGAACCUCCUUUGAUACGAACCACACCGCGGAACCUGAAUAAAACUAGUUUUAGCUCUCCUACUAAUCAUGAAUUGUCACUAUCUGAUUUAGAUGCAUGUAGUCCAAUUAUGCAGAGGCGAUUGUCAGAACUUGAAGAGGAAAGGAAAAGUAAUGUCCGCCGAUUGUCAAAAUCCACAUUGACCAUAAAAAGAUAUGAUGAGGGUGAUACAAAUGAAAAUGAAUCUGUGGUGCCUGCUGAUGUUGACAACAAAAACAAUUCUGCAAAAGUUGAACAGACACAGAAAGCAUUAAAAAGAAAAGCUAUGGAUAUAGAUGAUGUGGUUUCUUCCAAUGAAGCUGGUGUUGUCAGGAAGUUAAUGAUUCCACUUGAAUCAAACAUUGAUGAUUCUAUGGAUUUUGACAUUCCACCACCAUUGUCGGAGAACAACAAUAUUAUCAAUGUCGACAGUGAUAGUAGGAGCUCCUCUGGCUCAGCUUUGUUAAAGAAAAAACAAAAGAGAACUGGGAAACAGAAACAGGAAGACAAUAUCUCACAGACACAAAUCAUAUGCAAAAAAGGACCAUCGGAAGAAAAGCAAAGAUGUGAUUCAUUCAGCCCCCAACGAUCUAUUACAGACUGGGUAGUGAAGGCAGACAAAUCUUGUAGAGGUUCACGGCAGUCGCCAAACUUCUUUACGCAAACAUUGCAAGCGGCAUGUCUUGGAAGGGAUGAAGUGGAUGGCGAUUUAAAAAGUAAAGUUGAGGCUAGAAAAUCACAAACCAGAACAAUUGAUCAUUUUAUGACCAAGGUAGACAAUGAAUGUAAGAAAUCCAAAACUAUUCAAUCAAAAAGAAAGAGGAAAACCAAUCAGAAUAAAGACUAUGUGUGGCCAGAUUAUAGUCCAAAAAAACGAGACACAGCUCCUAGACAUCCUGUACCUAGUUCCUCAGAUUUUUUUGCAAGUGAUGUGGUGAGUGAUGAAGAAAUUAAUUCAAGUACAGAUAUUGAUACUCAAAUUCCAACAAAGACUAGCAAAAGGAGGUGUAUUUCAGACCGUGAAACUGAUAGAGCAGAUUUCAAAAGAAGAAAAGUUGAUGAAAUUCCAAAAAGAAAUUAUACAAAGAAACUUAAAUCUCUGAAAAAAUCCUCCUCAAGUCUAACCAAAAAUAGCAAAGGCAAAGUGAAUUUGCAAAAGUGCAAGAAAUUGGAGGAUUCCGUUCUUUCUAGUGAUAUUUGUAAUGUUACUGACACCGAUGUUCUUGACCUGUCUGAGUCUGGUGUGUCAUUACCUGUAGAUGCAAAUUUGAACAUUGUUUGCAUGGAUUCUUCAAAAGAGGUAUAUGAUAUCCUCCACACAAGGAAAAAGCAGGAAGAAAUGGAUAAAUUGUUAGCAUUAAAACUUUCAAAGGAAUUUGAAAUUGAAGCCAAACUUGGAUUGACUGCUUUUCGUUUUAAAGGCAAUGACAAUGAGUACAAGCUUCGACGCCAUCCACGUUCGAAAUCUAAAAAGUUGGAAAAUGUUUAUUUUGACACGUAGACUGUCAUUUAAGAGUUAGUUUUUGCAAUGUUAAUAUGUGUAAAUGUUAUAGUGUUUUAAAUUUUACCAGAGCGUUGAUGACAUUUUCAAUGUGUAAUGUAAAAUAAUAUUAUCCUACAGCAAAUGUUUUACCAUAUUUAUCCACAAAUGAGCCUCCUCCUUAAGUGUAAUAGUUUAGUGCAGGGAAGGAUUAUUUGUGAUCUGUUUUUAUUUUACUAUUUUGAAAUUAAUGAUUCUGUAAAAAAUGAAAAAGAGGGCUUAUUUGUGGGGUGGGGCA